AUGAGUGCAUAUCGCGGUAACAAGCGUCAACAUUUCGGGAAGGGAGGCGGUCGUCGUGGAAAAGAUCACGACAAUGCUUCAGUUGAUGAAAACAAUCCCGUAAUUCAGUGUUUCCGUGAAUACGCGACCAUUUUAGAUGCGAAGCACGAUAAAUAUGAGCGCAUUGUGAAAAUCGGCCGGGACAUCACCAUUGAAUCCAAGCGAAUCAUCUUUCUUCUGCACACUAUCGAUCCUAGAAAGAACAAUGCUCGAAAAGUUUGCGAAGAAGCGAAGGAACGACUGGAAACCAUUUUUCGCAACCAUUUUAUAAACAUUGCAAAAGAACUGAAGGAUCGAGAUCCUUACCAGUUUGCGCGGGCAUAUACGAAUGGAAUGCAAGAGUUUAUUGAAGCUUACACAUUUUAUGAAUACUGUUGCGGGCAGGAUAUAUCGCACUGGGAAUCUAUUCAACAGAAGCUAACAUAUGAAAAUACCCCAAGCGAUGUUCCAUGCGAUAUGAAAAACAUCAAGGAGGAAGACAAUAUGGAGCCAUCUACUGGGCAAGGGUUGGAGGAAUCAACAAUUGCAACAGCUGUAUCGAACAAAGGUGGCGAAGCAUUUAAGAUGACUUGUUUGCUGCAUCCGCAAGAUUUUGUACUUGGCCUUGGUGAUCUUAGCGGUGAGAUUAUGAGAACAUGCGUCAACUCGCUCGGAUCUGGAAAUUCAGAGAGUUGUUUCCAACAUUGCCGCUUUAUGCAAGAACUGUACAAAGGUUUCCUGAGUGUAACGUCGAUACGGAGUCGAGAUUUUACUCACAAAAUGAUUACUUUGCGGCAAAGUUUAUUGAAAAGUGAGAAUGUUUGCUAUAAUGUGACGGUUCGAGGUGGUGAAGCAGCCAAGUGGGGAACAACUGACGAUACCGCUGGUGCGCUGUUCCAGUUACAACUUUCAAAGGACGACGACGACGAGGGCGUAUAUUUUUGA